AUGGUGGGGAGCUGGCCUUUAGCGGAAGAGAAGCCGCCGCCCUGGCCGCGUUUCCCCCGCCACAGUCUGCCCUGGUCCCCGGAGCCCACAGGGUCCGCGCAAACUCCUGUAAAUGCAUUAACUAAAAGCCAUCCCGAAAUGCGCAUCCCUACUCAUCUUCCAAUGCGAAGCCCCCAGUCGCCGGACCGCACGACCACGCUCUAA